AUGUUUAGCCUUUCUCCAGACUGGGCAGGUAUAUUUGAAAUGAUAUUGAUACUGCUUGUCAUUUUAAUUGGCUAUAGCAUCGCUGAAUAUUUCUUACAAAAGCAUUUUCACCCAGAUACAACAGAUAGAUCAAGUUUCUUGAUCACUCCAGAGUAUUGCUUUGCAUUUGGUGUAGGCAUAUUAGAAUUUUUAGUAGAAUCAAUCAUUUUCCCUUCUAAAUCAAAAUUAGGAAAUAAAUGCAGUAUCUUUGGACUUAUUGGUAUGACAAUUGGCCUUGCAAUUAGAUUUAGUGCUAUAUUGCAUGCUGGUAAGUCAUUCACACAUAGAUUAGCUUUCAGAAAGGAACCAGAACAUAAAUUGAUUACAACAGGUAUAUAUAGAUAUAUACGCCAUCCUUCAUAUUUAGGGUUUCUAAUCUUCGCUAUCAGCUCACAGAUCUAUUUAACAAAUCCUAUUGCAAUUAUCGGAUUUUAUGUACGUUUAUCAAUCUUUUUCCGCCAGAGAAUCGACAUUGAAGAACGUUAUCUUCUAAAGUUCUUCCCAGAAUACGAAAAAUACCGUAAAGAAACAAGAACAUGGAUGAUUCUUUUAUUCUAA